UACUACUCCAGCUACGGACGGGUGCCGGCGGGCGGGAGCCAGGAGGUCUUCGGAUUGGAGGCUGAAGCUACCGCCGGCUCCGCCGACCCAUGCUUGAGGAGGGGCCUCUCCGAAAGCGCCCCUCCUCGGGGCCUCGGCCGCCGGUCCUUGACCUCCUUCGUCCCCUGCGCAAAUCUAAAGAUUCUUCUUGAGAGAGAUUUAUCAAAAGAGCGUCAUGAGUUGCUAAAGGAUCAAAGACUAUUUCGUAAUCGAGCACGAAAACAUUUUGUAGAAACAAAUAAAAGAAGGAGAGCACUUGAAGAUAAAUGGAAAGAUGUUGAAGAAAAAGAACAAAAAUUUAGAGAACAAAUAUUGUUGCAGAGGAAACUGAAACAUCAGGAGGCAACUGAAAAGUUCCAGCGUGGUCAUCUUCCAUCUUCACAACGGAAGAGAGGAGGAGUGCAGAGAAAACCCGAACCUAAAUUAGAUGAAGCUCUUCAGAAAAUUCAAGUAACAGGAUUACAUUUGUCAUCAUCCAAAGUCAUUGGAAGAACUGCUGACACAACUUCCUCAGCUACCAGAAAUGAUCCCUUUCAUUGGAAACAGAGCUCAGUAAAAGCUGGCUGUGAUAGGAUAAUGCAGGAAAACAGCAGGGCAAAUCUGGAUAGUGACCAGCUGCUCUUCCAGCAAAAACUGAAUGAAAUGCAGCAGCAACUGCAAGAACAGCAUUUCAGCAACCUUCAGGAUUUUCAUCAAGAAGUGAAUGAAAUAGCCCAUACAGAAAGUGUUUGCAGUGUGGACAGUCUUGAGGCUGGAGAACCAAAUGAAAGUUGUGCAACACCUAGUGAAACAUCUUUUUUAUCUGCACAGUUAGACUCUUCAGUCCACAAUUCAGAAGAAUUACAGACUAGAAAUAAAAGUUUCUCUGAUGAAACUGACAGGACUUUUUCUAAAAAUCAGCAUGUAAAUAAUUGGCUUAUAAAUUUAAAUACCUCAAAUAUUCAGACAGCCUCCCCUUUUCAUGAUAUUUUAAUUAAAUACAAUGUUGUACCUUCUGAAGAGGACACAUUCAAUCCUGAACAGAAAUCAUCUGUUCAAAGUUCGUCUGAACAAAGAGAGGCUGAGAGAUGUGCUUCUAAUGAUAAUCUAACCUUUGCACAAAAUAAAAGGGAAAAGAAAAGCUUUCUGUUGAGAGGUCAACCUUCAGGAACAGUUAACACAGAGGGCCCAACGUUAGUGACUGAUAUCCCUAUACUGAAAAUAAACAAAGCUUGGGCUGACCCUGAUUCUUCUCCAACUGUUUCAGUACAAGAGAAAAAUUCUGAACUUCACCAAAACAUCAGAAGCUCAUCAGCACAAGCCUCCAGUCAACAAGCAGCAGUCCCUGUAGUCUGUCCCAAAAAGUGGAGUUCCACUGCCCCAUACAAUAACAGCUUCUUAAUAAAUUGUAUGGAGAAGGGGAAAGAAGCUCAUGCAGCAAGAUGUACUGAAGAUAUAGACUGUGUAACAAAUGCUAAGGAUGAAAAUAUUGUGGCAUCUUUGUUUGAAGAGAUGUGUAAAGACAGUAUUGAUCAACAAAAAGCCAAUGGAGAGAACAGAAUGACUGAAAUUAAUUUAUCUGUGCCUCACGGAGAUUUCACAGCCAGUUUAUCUCAUCUUGACCAGCAGGGGAGUAAUCCCAAUGAAAGAAAAGUAGUGAAAUUGCCAAAAAGCAUUUUGAAAAAAGAAUCUAAAUACGAACUUGGUCAUUUCAAAGCAGUAGUUGUAAACAGAGGGGUCAGAUUUGGGAAUCACCCUGUGUCUUCUGCUAGAGACAGUGUUGAAUUGGCAAAAAUAAAAGGGAAAGAUGCAGAUAUUCAAAAGAAUUGUAAAAAACUUAGGUGGUUUGAUGAAAUUAACAGAGUAAUGGAAGCUAAAGAUGAUGAAAAGUGUUCAGAACAAAGUAUCACUGAAAUACCUCAGGCACAGCCCCAAUCACCUGGUUCUCAAAUUAAAGCUGCCACUUCUAGAACAAAUGUUAGAAGCAUUCCCUCUUGUACUCUCAAUUCUGUUUUUCCAGAAUAUCACCAGGAGAAUUAUCAGGCAUCUGUAAAACUUGCUACCAUUGGAAGCUCAGAAAGAGAUAAUGGGAUACGGAAUGCUUUUUUAUCUACAGGAUAUCAUGUUGCUAAACAGGCAUGGAUGGCACCAAAAGGUGAAGAAAUGAUGCCCCUUCUAUGUAACUGUGACCCGAAAAAUCCAAAAAGCAAUCCACACAAAGGUAGAACGAAAAUGAUCAGAAGACCAAAAUCUGCCAAAGCCCCAUCAACUUUAAUAGCUAAAAAUCGAAAAGGUACCAUUAUCCGACCACAGUCUGCUAGCGAAGCCACAAAAGUUAUGAAAACUCAGGGCAAAAUCAUGGCACCUCACCCACCAAGUAAACCUACACCAGGCAGAAGACCUGAUGAAAAUCCAGCAGACAGUGUGUAUCAAUCAGGAAACCUUUGGAAGCCUCACACAGAAACUGAAAUUAGUCACUUUUUAAAUGGAAGACAUAUUUUGCCCGAAGGUCAAGAUUUGUGUUCAUAUACUACAGAUUCUCCAUCUUCAGGUAUUUCUGGCCAUUCGCAGAUGGCCACAAUGCGACCAUCUUAUAGCAUAUUCACCUAUGAGGCUUUGACAAAGACUAAGGCAAAUACUGCUCAAUCAGUUACCCGGUGCAAUAGUUUUCCAAAAAGAAGGUCUGUGUACUCAGAAAAUGGAUUAUGUCCAGAUCGCACACCAACUGAUGAAGAAAUCACUGUUUUGUGGCAAGGAGUGCAUCGUGCACUGGCUCAAAAGGAUUGUGCCGCUGCAGCAGGAAACAAAAUGAUGUCCAUAGACACUGUAAGGGGGCGGAGAAAGGGAGGAUCUAAAAUGGUGAACAGCGGAGGAUGCGACCACACAGCAGGUUGGCACCGAGGAGACUCACAGCAUUGUGCUACCCUCUGCAAUAAUGCAAAUAAUGGUGACUUGCAACCCACUCGACCUAAUGUGUCUCACAUCACUAUUGAUGGUGGCAAUCUGAUGGGCAAUGUUAAAUCAGGUGUUAGGGUGAAUCCAAUUUUUUCUUCUCCACCAAGCACUGCUAUUGCCAUUGCAAGACGAAAACAAAGUAAUGAAAAUAAUGAAAACAAACGGAAGACUCUUUUAGAACAAAGGAGACAAAUGGCGGCCUCUGCAGGAUGGAAGUCCGCUAGUGUUGGACAGAAUAUGGCACAAGCUGUGAAACGAGCACCAUCUCAGGGUGCAAAUGAGCCAGCGCAAGCCAUGGGUGGCAUCAGUAAUUCUGAUGAAGUUUCAGACAGUACUACACAGUUUCUGCUAGCAGAAGACUUAGCAAACAUGUCAGCUACAGAAAGUGAAAUCUUGACUGGCUUGGAUGCAGCUCAAUCUUACAGACAGACUGUGGUGCUAAACAGACCCCCACGGCAAGGAAUGACUGCAUUGUCCCUUGAAGAGCACAAAGUUCUUCAGUCACUCGACCGCAUCAAUCAAAGGCUACUUAAUGUCCAUGAAACCAUGAACAAACUCCCAUUGUCUACAAGUGUUUUGCAGACUAUUUCCCCUUUGGUCGGAUCUCCCUCGCACAUGGACAUCAUGCCUCCUAUGCAGAGAUAUAGGAGCACAUCUGCUUACACUCAACCCCUAACACAGAGAAGAUAUUGACUUGGCCUCACAAAGGCUGUUGAACUGGGAUCUAUUUUAAUAUAUUCUCAGCUGCUAUCUUUGUAACAUAUAAUUAUUUGCAACAUGCCUUAAAUGCUAUCAAAACCAAACAAAAUAAAGAUGUAACACAAGUAUCGAUUGCUUGUUACCUAGUUUACAUUUAGGGCAAAAAAUAUUUUACAUAUUGCACUUUAUUGUAAAAUAUAUUGUAUUUUUUUAAAAAAAGAAUGGAAAUACCUCAGUUUAAAUGAGUGGAUGUUUGUAAAU